AUGUUUCAAAAACCAGCGUUUGGUUCCACUACGGCUAAUUUUGGAUCCUUUAACUCAGGAACGACAACGGCAUCGCCCUUCAGCAGCUUCAAGCCUAACACUGGUACCAGUGCUUUUGGAGCUCCGCCCGCCUUUGGGGCGACAGCUACAUCGCAACCGGCUACCGGUGGAGGUCUUUUCGGAGCCACCAACACUACCGGAGGUCUGUUCGGUAAUAACAACGCUUCUACGUCCACGAGUGGCUUCGGAGCGAGCACCUCAGGGUUUGGCUUCGGAGCGAGUACUUCAACAGGAGGUGGACUCUUCGGCAGUAAUACUACUUCUACUGGACUGUUUGGUAAUACACAGAACCAGACGGCCUUCGGAGCUAAACCUUCAGGUUUUGGGUUUGGAGCCACAAGUACCACAGGGACUGCUGGUAGCAGUCUCUUUGGUGCCACUCCGACUACUGGGACUAGUCUGUUUGGUCAGCAGAACAACACUCUAGGUGCUGUAGGACUUUUUGCCAACAAUAACAGUGCCUUCGGUCAGCCUCAGCAAACGGCCACAGGGACAGCCCACGUCAAAUACAACCCAGUUAUCGGCACGGAUGUGGUAGUCAAACAAGGGGCUUCCCAGAAUGUCAACAUUAAGCAUCACUGCAUCACGUGUAUGAAGGAGUACGAGAACAAAUCGCUGGAGGAACUUCGUCUGGAAGAUUAUGUGGCUGGUAGAAAGGGAAACUCUAGUGGAAUGUUUGGUGGUUUUCAGCCAACCACUGAGAACAAAUCACUGUUUGGCGGUACCACUUCGUUCGCGCAGCCCGCCACGACGAGCGCGCCGUCCGUGUUCGGGGGCGGCCCCAUGAGCGCGGGCGCGUUCGGGCAGCCCUCCUCCUUCAGCUUCGGCGCCGCCGCCGCGCCCGCCGCCGGCGCCAACACCGGCCUCUUCGGCGCCAACAAGCCCGCCUUCGGCACCACCGCCACCACCGGUAUUUUAAACGCAAUCAACGGAAGGAAUCAACCAGGUCUAAAUUUUGGUAGUACCCAAAAGAGUUUAAGUGAUGAUAAGGAUAAUAGUACUUCUGGUUUGGCCAGUACGGGUUUUGGUAAUACUCAAAGUACUUCUGGUUUGACCAGUACGGGUUUUGGCAAUACUCAAAAUACUUCUAGUUUGGCCAGUACAGGUUUUGGUAAUACUCAAAAUACUGCUGGUUUGGCCAGUACGGGUUUUGGUAAUACUCAAAGUACUUCUGGUUUGGCCACUACGGGUUUUGGUAAUACUCAAAGUACUUCUGGUUUGGCCAGUACGAGUUUUGGUAAUACUCAAAGUACUUCUGGUUUGACCAGUACGGGUUUUGGCAAUACUCAAAAUACUUCUAGUUUGGCCAGUACAGGUUUUGGUAAUACUCAAAAUACUUCUGGUUUGGCCAGUACGGGUUUUGGUAAUACUCAAAAUACUUCUGGUUUGGCCAGUACGGGUUUUGGUAAUACUCAAAGUACUUCUGGUUUGGCCACUACGGGUUUUGGUAAUACUCAAAGUACUUCUGGUUUGGCCAGUACGAGUUUUGGUAAUACUCAAAGUACUUCUGGUUUGGCCAGUACGAGUUUUGGUAAUACUCAAAGUACUUCUGGUUUGGCCGGUACGAGUUUUGGUAAUACUCAAAGUACUUCUGGUUUGGCCAGUACGAGUUUUGGUAAUACUCAAAGUACUUCUGGUUUGGCCAGUAGGGGUUUUGGUAAUACUCAAAGUACUUCUGGUUGUGUCAGUAGGGGUUUUGGUAAUACUCAAAGUACUUCUGGUAUGGCCACUACGGGUUUUGGUAAUACUCAAAGUACUUCUGGUUUGGCCAGUACGGGUUUUGGUAAUACUCAAAGUACUUUUGGUUCGGCCAAUACGGGUUUUGGUUACACCCCAAAUACUUUUGGUUCGGCCAAUACCGGUUUUGGUAAUACCCAUAACACUUUUGGUUCAGCAAAUACUUUUGGCUAUAGGCCCUUUAGUUCUUCGUUGCCUAACAACUUUGGCGAUCCGUUUUGGAGUUCAACCGAAUUUAGCACUAAUUCAGCGUUUGGUACUAUAGUUACCAAUUCUCUUUCAACCAUGGCAAUUAUGAGAAAAAUGGAAUGCAUGCAUGAUAUCUUUGAAGUACUAUGUGACUUUUCUACUUCAAGAAAUUUUAAUUCAAGCCACCGAUGGGACCAAAACAGACCAGGGUUAAAGUUUGGUACUGGCCAAAAUAGGUCUGGUUCAGCCAAAACCACUUUUGGUUAUAGACCCUUCGAUAAUUCGUACUUUGGCUCCCCGUUUUGGAGUGUGACCGAAGCUAGUACUAAUUCAGCAUUCGGCACUAUAGUUGUCAAUGCACUUUCAACAAUGACGAAUAAGAGAAAGAUGGAAUGCAUGCAAGAGAUUCUUGAGACUCUAAGAGAUUCGGGGACGCUCGACCAGUGUGAUGUCAGCCUGAUACCAUCGUGGCAUGUCGCUUCACACCCUGAAAUAGAAUUCCUGAAGGGUACUGGGUUAUUUGGUGCAACCACGACGCAAGCUAACACCUCAUUCGGUACUACCACUCCAGCAUUUGGCUUCGGCGCUAAUACGCAGAACCAACAAACUGGUGGUCUUUUUGGUGCGAAGACCGCGACCACAGGCUUCGGAACAACUCCGGCGAGUUCAGGGUUCGGUGCUUUCGGCACCGGCGGUGGCGGACUUUUCGGCGCUAAGACCUCAGCUCCUACCUUCGGAACAACUACUCCAGCAUUCGGCGCCCUCGGUGGUGGAGGUUUCGGGACCAACACAUCUACAUCUGGGGGUCUGUUCGGCAGUAACACCACCUUCGGCAAGCCAGCCACCACGCAGCCAACCUUCGGCUUCAACUCACAACCUACUCUUGGCACCGGUCUAGGUGGUGGUUUGGGUGCGAACACGUUCCAACCGAAGCCAGCAGCACCUGCCUUCGGAGCUCUGGGCACGACCAACAUGUUUGGACAACCUCAGGCAGCCCCCUCGACUAAUUUCAAAACUGGCUUGGACAGUGGACUCGGCAGUGGAUUAUUCAAUAACUCAGCAGGCCUCGGGGGCUCCGCCCUCGGCAUGGGUGGUCUCAAUACCAACAACAAUCUUAUGGCAAACAACAGUUUAUCAGGCGCCUCGGCAGCUGGUAACGUUCACGAGCAGAUCCUCAGUCUGGCAGCCAGACCUUACGGGGAUUCACCGCUUUUUAAAGACCUGUUGCCUGAUUCAUCGAUGUCAGCGGACGACGUGCUGAAGCCGACGAACCCGGUGGCGGUGCAGGCCGUGCUGGACAGCAGCAGCGUGAGCGCCUACCGCGUCACGUCGCCGCGCGCCCUCGCGCUGCGCCCCCAGCCGCGCCCCGUGCUCGCGCACGACAAGAAAUCCCUCUUCGAUGGUCUAGAAGAAUCAGAUGCUAGUUUAGAAGACAAAUUGAGCUUGAAGCCGAGUCGGAAGAGAUUGGUCCUACGUCCGAAGCAGAGGAACGACCAUCACGACUCUGUGGACCACACCAAUGAUACGGAGAGGUCCAUAGAUGUAGAAGAACAGCCACAAUCGAACGGCCCUUCUCUUUCUAACAAUGAGAGAGAGAAAGAGACGGAGACGCCUGCUGAUAUACCCAAUAUAGAUGAAGUGGAUCGGGUUAGGCGUCAAGUUGUCUUCGGGAACGACCAAGCAGACACCAGUUCUACAAGACAUGGCAGCUGGUUAAGCACUUCUAAAUCACCUUGGGGUGAAAAAGAGAAACCUAUGGAUGGAGAACCAACUCCGAAGCUGUAUCCUAAUAUAGACAAGGACCUUCAGGCACAAGUUGCCGAGAGACGAGCCAGUUGGUUGACGACAAAACCGCUACGAAAACCGCUGGUGAGCAACCCGGACUCUGCUGAGAACUCCGUGAGGGAGCUGGGCGUGAGGGCGGACCGCUCUCAUGAUAAGGAGAAUGUCGACAUACUCACUGUGUCUGAAGAAGAGAAUGUAGCUCCUCGCGACGCCCCCCCACACCCGACAGGAGUCAAGCUGACCAGACCAGGGUACUACACCAUACCGAGCCUCGAUGAAAUGAUUGCUUUCCUUCGUCCGGACGGUACAUGCGUGGUGCCUCACCUGACUAUCGGACGCAAGAACUACGGAAAUGUUUUCUACGAUUGCGAGAUCGACGUCACCGGGAUGGACCUGGACAAGUUGGUUCACUUCUUAAACAAAGAAGUUAUUGUGUACCCCGAAGAGUCUGAGAAGCCGGCGCUGGGGUGUGGUCUGAACAGACGUGCCAUAGUGACCUUGGACCGCGUGUGGCCCCGCGAUAAGACCGAGAAACGACCCAUCACGGAGCCAGACAGAUUACUCAAAAUGGACUACGAGGGCAAACUCCGUCGUGUGUGCGACAAGCAUGACACCAAGUUCAUCGAAUACCGGCCCGCCACCGGCAGCUGGGUGUUCCGCGUCGAGCACUUCAGCAAGUACGGGCUCAGCGACAGCGACGACGAGGACGACGUGCCCGACGUGCUGCGGCGACAGCUCGCCACACAAGCCCUGCAGGGACAGGCUCCUGUGUCAAAACCACCAGUCGCCCCUGCCCCCGGCCUUGGCGGGCUCGGCGGUCUCGGUGGGCUCGGAGGCCUCGGUGGAAUGGGCCUCAUACCCGAAGACAACAUGUUCACCAUGCAACACACGUCCGUCAACUUGAACCUACUCAAUGGAUCUAAGGCUUUCGAGAUGGACACGACAGAGGACAAUAACAACGAACAACACAGCUUGUAUGGUAUGGAUAAUAGGGCUUAUGGAGUGAAGAGUCCCACCAGUGAACUGGCGCGGCUUGAACACCGACAGAGUCACAAUGUACAGCUGAUGAAGGCUUCUUUGUACGCUGAUGCAGAAAUGGAAGACGCAGCAUCCGUAUCGACGGGAGAUCAACUGGUGCCUGUGUCGGCACCUUUGAUCUCGAUGACGUCACGCGCCCCCUCACUCUUGCAGGAAGAGGUUAUGCCAAUCGAUGUACCAGCUCAAGAGCACGAAGAUAUCCCAUUGAAACCGCUCAUUGUACGACCACACACCAUUGUAUUGAAAUACCACAGGAAAGUGAUGCCCUUCAAACAAACCAUUGCAGGUCGUCUGAACGCGCAGUACAUAGCCGACAUGUCGGUGUGUCGCGCGCGCCACAGCCGCGUGGGCUUCGGCCCGGCCUCGGCUCUCGUCUUCCCCACCACGUAUGAUUCUGUCAACGAUUUACCUAAAAAUGCAGAACUACCGGAAUUAGGGAAGUACGUUGAAGGACGGACCUCGGAUGACUGGUCGGAACCUGUGGUCGUCAGAAUGGCGUUAGGGCAAGCUGACAAAAAGGAUGGAAUGCAAGAAAUGCUGAAACUCCACCUGGAGACACUUCUGGACCAUUCAACGUUCACAGAAGUGGGUGAAGACGUUUGCCCCCAGCUGGUCGUGUCUCGGGACCCUCGACAGCGCCUGUCGAUACUGCACGAGUUCUUGGAGCAUUCAAAGAAAGCCACUUGUAAUAAUAGGUUUGGUGUGUCAGCGGAUUAUUGCAACGAGGUAUGGCGUCUAUGUGAUGCGCUGUGGGGACAGGACUUGGAAAAUGACGGUGUGCCAGGCACAGAUCCCUUGUCCAUAGUGAAUAGACACAAGAAAUUCCUAGAAUGGUUGAAGACGGCCGUUGCUGACGUCACAGACCAGGAGCUAACUAAACCACAACCCGCAGAAGAUAUGGACGAAGCGGACGGCCACAGCGCUCAGAUAUGGGCUCUCAUAGUCGGAGGCAGAAUUUUAGAGGCUUGCAAGCUGGCCAUUGAACAUGGGGAUCUUAAUAUGGCAACACUCUUAGCGCAAGCUGCAGGUGAUCCGACAUUCCGGGCUCUGAUCUCCCGCCAACUGUCUCUGUGGCGGGAGUGUGGCGCCGAGACGCACAUCUCGUCCUACCGCUGGGCAACCCUCCAGCUCAUAGCUGGGCAAAGCACUCCUAGAGACAAGCUAGUGGACAUAGACUGGCUAAGAGCUUUACACGCCACUGCAAGAUACCUUUGUCCGCACAUACCAUCUCUAGAACAGGUGAUGAGGAAAUACGAGAACUUCUUCGUCAUCGCUGAUGAGAAAGAUGAUGAGAUUGAUUUAUCAUUAGUCAAAAACACUGAGAUGGAUAUGAGACUCCCUCUUCCGCCUUACAACAGUGAAUAUGAUGUUUCUAUUGAUCAAGAUGGUGUUAAACGACGCGUGUUAGACCUCCGCUACGAGUUGAUGCGUGCGAAGGCCUUCAAUGACCGCCCCAAACUGAGGCCUGCUGCGUACACACCUGAUCCUCUCGACUAUAGUUUGGCAUUCCUCCUAGGGGCAUGGUUCGGUGCUCCAUCAAUUGAGAGCAUAGUAGGAGUGGCUGAUCAGCUCGAAGCGGCCGGUGCCUGGCAUCUAGCAGUACAGGCUCUACAGUACCACCCCAAUGACAAAGCUCGCGGGCAGCUGAUCCGCGGCGUGAUCUCGCGCCACGCGCCCGCGCGCGUCGAGGGUGCGCAGGCGCAGCGCGCGCUGCAGCUGCUGCAAGCGCUGCACGUACCGCGCCAGUGGCUGCUGCUGGCGCAGGCGCAUCGCGCCAAGUACGAGCAUUUGCCGCAGCUAGAGGCCGAGUAUUUAGUUGGAGCUCUACAAUGGAACGCGGCACACAAAGUAUUGCUGGAAGAGCUACUGCCCGAAGCUGUAUUAUCAGAUGAUCUACAAAGCGUAUCGUCGCUACUAGAACGUAUGAACGAAGCAGCAUCCCGUCACGAGAUCAGCGGAUGGGAGAGCGGUGGUCAGGCGCUCUACCUGUAUCUUCAGGUUUGUGAUGAGAUUCGUGACCUGGUCAAGGAGGCUGAGGCGGAGCCCGACAGGGGGAGUGUACACACGCGACUGGAAGCGUUGCGACCGAAAGUCGCAGCCGCGUGUCGGGCCUUAAGUGGACUACAUCCCAAGAGCGGUCGCGGCACGGCGGCGCGCACGGAGAUGGGCGCGCGGCUGGUGCAGCUGUCGCUGUCGGGGGGCGAGCCGCCCGCGCACUCCGCCGCGCUGCUGCGCGCGCUGCGCCUGCCGCCCGACACCGCGCCGCACGCGCACCUCAAGAUAAGUACACUACUGGCAGAACGCGCCAGCACUCCUCCCACAAUCUGCGCUAAUUGA